AUGUCAAACCGGAGGGACAGGGCAGAUGGUUAUGAACAGUCGAAAUCUCGAGUGCGUAUUGGACGAGCCUGUGACCGUUGCAAGCUGAAAAAGUCAAAGUGCGAUGGUAAUACUCCGUGUUCGAGUUGCGUCGUAAGCGACAGCACUUGCGAAUACAGUGUCCGACGACGACGGGAGGCGAGAGACUGGUAUUGGGGAAUGCAAGACGUCAUGGACGAAGCGUUGCAAAGACUCUACUGGGCCUGUAGAGAGAAUCGAGGAUUUCCUGGCAUCAUUCCAGACGAGAGCAGUGGCCGUGUCUCAACCGAUGCUAUUCUUCGUGGGUUAGGACUGAGUCCUCCACCAGUAGAGCGGCUGGGUCUCGGGACCACCCAGUCGGAUUCUGCUUUGGACGUCGGACGGGGUUCCGAACGGUUAUAUCAACCACCAGACAUCCAGUCAGAUCGUACAUCGAGAACUUCGACAAGCUCUUCGAAGCCAACGCCAAUCUCCAUGGUAAGGGAGGGCAGACUCGUUAUGGGAGAGAGAGUUCCGGUGCCAGAAGGGCCAGGCUUGCAACCCCAGAUAUCGCCAACGCAGGCUCAGCCGGGGUGCGAAUUGCCGAGUCUUCCCCCACAGAUGUCUGAGGCUGUGGACGGUUCAAUGGAUCCUGCGAUGCUCCAAGACGCUGAUUUGGCCUUGAUGAACCUUGAUCGCGCGAUGUACCCGGAGGCAAUGCAUUUUCAACCAGGCGAACAAUUGGCGCAGCAUGACCGGCGAACGCCACCACAGAUUGACCAUACCCCCCUGCAGACUCAGAAUUCACAGGAGGCUGGCAUUGUACCUAGCCAGGGUGCAGAAUGGGAGGGUCAAAGAGAGUUGCAGGGUGCAGGAAUGCUCCCUUGGCCAGGCACACUGGCUGCGGUGUACAGAGGUACCAAACUUAAGCCUGAUGGGACUUCUUUCCACAUUCCAAGUCCACAACAAUAG